UGCGCACUUCUAGUUUUCCGCCUAGCUGGUUCUGUCAGACAGUAGCCUACUUCCUUAUUGGAAGUGAGACAGUACCUCUUAUUUUAGGACGGUAAGCAACUUUUUCAGAAAAGAUACGGCGUAGCUACUCUUUAAAGUCUGAAAAUGUCCAAACCGCCUCCCAAGCCAGCCAAACCAGGCCAGGUCAAGGUGUUCCGAGCCAUGUUCACCUUUGACCCCCGAACGCCAGAUGAGCUCUACUUUGAAGAGGGAGACAUCUUGUAUAUCUCUGAUACAAGUGACAGCAAUUGGUGGAAGGGAACCUGCAGGGGAAGAACUGGCCUCAUCCCAAGCAAUUAUGUGGCCGAGCAGGCAGAGUCCAUUGACAACCCAAUGCACGAGGCAGCUAAACGAGGCAAUCUGAGUUGGCUACGUGAGUGUCUGGAGAACAAAGUGGGAAUUAAUGGACUGGACAAAGCUGGGAAUACUGCCCUCUACUGGGGAUGCCACGGAGGACACAAAGAUGUGGUGGAGAUCUUGCUGGGGCAGUCUAGCGUUGAGUUGAACCAGCAGAAUAAACUGGGAGACACUGCUCUGCAUGCUGCCGCCUGGAAGGGAUACUCCGACAUAGUGGAGAUGUUACUGAAUAAGAAUGCCAGGAUGGAUAUUAAAAACAAUGAGAAGAAGCUGGCUCUGGAGAUGGCCACAAAUGCCCAGUGUGCCUCUCUCAUCAAGAGGAAACAAGGAGGCAAUAUCACACGUGCACACAGCAACGCCGAUGAAUACCUUGACGACGAAGACUCUGACUGAGCCCACUCCGAAAGGGGGGGAAUAUCUCAGGCCUGUCUCUCAUGGGAUGGGGGGAGUUUGCAGUGUGUGGGACAUUUUAUUAGCUGGGUGGGGAGUGAGGAGGAGUUUGGAUACCAUUCCAAUUUUUCCAAAUAUUUUCUGAACAUUUGUUCAACAUUCUGAAAAACAAUUGUAAUUAAAGUAAUACAAGACAUAUAAUUAACAAUGUGAAUGGAACAUGGAAUUUAUAAAACCUUAGGGCCGUGGAGAGGUGACGUCUUUAUUAUUAAAUUCUGGUAGAUGAUUGGCUGUUCUAAGGGAACUAAUAGCAUGGGUUCCACUGUCGAGCUAUCUGCGGGUGAGUCGGUGAUUGCUGACACCAGAGAGAUUGACAUGCGAUUAAUUCCUACAAAUAUCUCCUGGACCAAUCAUAUCUCCCAUUGAAGGUGGUCUGAACCUGCAUCGCAGGUGUUGCAGGAAGUGACCAUGUUGAGUCAGAUUUAUUUCUCUCUGGCACUAGUAAGCACAGAGAUGAUUUCCAGUAUCAUGCCAUACUUCAUCCUGCCUUAACUUAACCUCAUUCUAAAACCAACUUCAUAGUCAUUAGAAUGCAUGCAUUUGCCUGUCAAAUAAUUGUCUGCAUUGUCAAAUGUGAACUUUCAAAUAACCACGGGCUGGGUUUUACUGUCGCCAAUCAAAACAUUUUCUUCCCCAAUGUCUUCACUUCACUGGGGAUUAGUAAAUUGCCACUGCAUUUUCUUUCUAUCUAUACUGUAGAAAGAAAAUGACAGUGCAUUUUCUUCAUGUACUGUAUGUUGUUCACACUGACCUACUGCUCCACUGUUAAAAGAUAUGUCACUAAAAGUGCCUUAUGUGAAGCUGUAAAGAUAUAAUUUGUCUACAGGUGUGUAUGUGAAUAAGUCACCUGAUCUGAUGUCUUUCAUAAAGAUGUGUUCACUGUUGAUCUGUUCUGUCUAUCUGCUUUGUCUUUCCUGUCAGCUAUGCAAUAAAAUAAUUUUAUCUAAUGA